CGGGGGUCUCCCGCCAGGCUUGGCGGGGUGCAUCGUGAUGUAGGCGCGCUUCCCGGCCCGCGGUGGGGACGGCGGCCUGGCGGUGCAGCGCGGGGGUCUCAAAAGAGUGGCCCCGAACGGGCAUAGUGGGAGGUGCCGAGGCUGCGGCCCGGAAGUGGUCGGGACCGCGGCGGGCGGAAGGGCGCUCUUGUUUCGUCCGCUCUGCGGAGUACCCUGCUAGGCCCGCGGGACUCGGAGCUGCCGAGAGUGGGGCUUCUGCCCUCAGGGUUCUCUCGCCGGGCUGGAGACCGAGGCCCGCAACGCUGGGCCCUGCCCUGGAAGCGCUCGCAGCCCGGCGCCUGGACUGGGGAGUUGCUGCACUUUGGCGUAAAUUGCAAUCGAUUAGGGAUCGUUUCUCAGACUCGAGUUAGAAGUGAGAGUUCAGAUAAGUGAGGCCGCCAUUGCUGCUUUGAACACCUCAGAAGGGGAGAAUGGAUUUAUCAGGAGUGAAAAAGAAGAGCUUGCUAGGAGUCAAAGAAAAUAAUAAAAAGUCCAGCACUAGGGCUCCUUCUCCUACCAAACGCAAAGACCGCUCUGAUGAGAAGUCCAAGGAUCGUUCUAAAGAUAAAGGGGCCACCAAGGAGACAAGCGAGAAGGAUCGCGGCAGGGAUAAAACUCGAAAGAGGCGCAGCGCUUCAAGCGGUAGCAGCAGCACCAGAUCUCGGUCCAGCUCUACCUCCAGCUCGGGCUCCAGCACCAGCACUGGCUCAAGCAGUGGCUCUAGCUCCUCAUCAGCAUCAAGCCGCUCAGGGAGUUCCAGCACAUCCCGCAGCUCCAGCUCCAGCAGCUCUUCUGGCUCUCCAAGUCCUUCUCGGCGCAGACAUGACAACAGGCGGCGUUCCCGCUCCAAAUCCAAACCACCCAAAAGAGAUGAAAAGGAAAGGAAGAGGCGGAGCCCUUCCCCUAAACCCACCAAAGUGCAUAUUGGGAGGCUCACCAGGAAUGUGACCAAGGAUCAUAUCAUGGAGAUAUUCUCCACCUAUGGGAAAAUUAAAAUGAUUGACAUGCCUGUAGAAAGGAUGCAUCCUCAUCUGUCUAAAGGCUAUGCAUAUGUGGAGUUUGAGAAUCCAGAUGAAGCUGAGAAGGCACUGAAGCACAUGGAUGGAGGGCAAAUUGAUGGCCAGGAAAUCACUGCCACUGCUGUGCUGGCCCCCUGGCCUAGGCCACCCCCUAGGCGAUUCAGCCCUCCCAGGAGAAUGCUGCCACCACCACCCAUGUGGCGCCGGUCACCCCCACGGAUGAGGAGAAGGUCACGUUCUCCGAGGCGCAGGUCCCCUGUGCGCCGGCGGUCCCGAUCUCCAGGCCGCCGCCGCCACAGGAGCCGCUCUAGCUCCAAUUCCUCUCGAUAAGCAGGCCACCGAAACUCUGCCCCCUGUAACUUAUAUCCCAUCCGACUCAGUUCUGUCCCUUUUCUAACUGAAGGAGGGUCAGUAGGAAAGAAAUGCUCACUCAGGGGCAGACUUGAAGGCAGCAUUGAGACAUUUCCUCUGAAGGCCAAAUUUAGCUGCAGAAGUGUUUUUGGUUUGGGGUUGUGCAUAUGAAGAUGCCCUCCAGUUUCCUGGCUAGAAAGCUCCCACGUUUCCAGUCAGUUCGGUGAUAAAGCCAGCAGGGGUGAGCAGGGUUCCAGGUGGCAGUGCAGCCCCAGCCUGGGAGCACAGUUUGCCAUUCCAUGGAUGACCUGGGGCCAGUCUAAUGGCCUGUGGGAUCCUUCAGGAAAGGGUGUGUUUUCAUGCAGCUGCUAGUCUGUUACACUGGCCCUGCUUCCCUGCUUGAAUCCUUCUAAUCUCUAGGGUCAAACACCUCAUGUUAGUCACCAUAAAUGGUUGUUUUUACAUGUACUCAUACACUCACACCCGACUCUUCUCUCUGAUGUUGGUGAGCAAGUUGGGAACUAGCUCUGUAGGGUCUUCACGGACCACCACCACCACCCCCGUUGUGGCUGUUAUUCAUGGUGGGUGGUCUUUCAGCAACAUGUACAUUGCUUUUUUGGCUUUUUAUUGUACAGUCAGUACUAUAAAUUUUCUGUUUUGAGUUUUUUUUGGUAACUAGCAUUUUAGAUAAUGUUGCGUUUGUACUUUGUUGUGUAGAGUGAAAGGAUUGUCUUGAAUAAACCUAGGAUUCGAAUGAA